UUUAAGGCCAGAUUUACUACAUAAAUGGAAGAAGAUUCUAUUAAUCACCAGUUUAGUAUUUUUGAACCAAGAGAAGAUAUUUGGAUGAUGGAAAGUCUUAAUGACUUUUUCGACAGUUGAGAAAAAGAGUACUCUCAACAAGUGAUGAUCCCAGAAUCCGAAGUAUUACAAGAGCCUUGUAUCAAAAAGGGAAAAUACUUCCUCGACACAGAGCAGCUGAAGGAAAACUCUCGAUUGAAUGCUGAAAGAGCUCGAGAACGCUUCUCAAGACUAUUAAGUAAAUUAAGAAGAAAGAAAAAUGCUAACAUGAAUUCUAAGUCAGAGAAGUGAGAAGCCCAGCCAAAUAAAAGCAAAGAUAUUUCUCGAGAUAAUAGCUCAGAAAAUAUAUGAAAGAACUUUAUCAACCUUAAUAAAAUGCCUAUUAAAUCUGAAGAGUUCACCAUAAAAUAAUGAGUCAGGGAUACAUAGAGCGAUAAAAUAUAAGAAGAAGAUCUCUAAGAAGUCUAGCACAAAGGCUAAGAAGAACUCUCUUUGAAGUUGUAGGAUUAAUUUACAGAAGCAGAAGAAGUUGUACAAUAAAAGUCUUGCGAGAAAAAGUAAGAAUUUUAACCGCUCUGUGAUGGCAACUGAAAAGCCUUCUUCGAAUAAUAAGAUUCAAAGCAAGUUUAAAUCACGCAGGAUGUCACAUCAAAGUGUCCAGAUUUAUGAUAGACCAAUGAAGGGCUCUCAAAGGUAUAAGAAAUUGAAGAUCAAGGCUUCUAAUAUAAGGAAGUCUACCUCGAGAAGCAGAAGCUCUCAGAAGAGAGGAUCUCUUCAUAAGAAGGUUAAGAAAGUAGAGAGCUUGAUGACUAAGUUAAAGCGAUAUUCUAUUAAUAAAAGCCCGUUUCUUUGAAAACAGUUGAAUAAAAAGACUAAAGGAGCAUUGAAUCAUUCACAGAUUAUAACAUUGAAGAUCAAGAAACCAAAAUCAAAGAAAGGGACUCCUAAUAAGAACUCCACGAGGGCUUUAAUUUCAAGGAAUUUGAAAAAGUCUUGCUGAAACUCCCAAAUAAUUUCUCCAGGCAAGAGUGAAAGCCGAUCAAUAGUUAGUAAAACUAGUCCAAAGAGGGUGCCUAAGAAAUCCAAAAAUAACAUGAGUUUUAGUCAGACUCAAAGAAGCAUGUUUUUAACGAAGAAGUCUCAUAAAUCAACUAAGAGCUCAAGUAAGAACAAUCAGACGACGAUGAGCCCCCAACAAAGCUUGCUAGACAUGAUACUAAACUCAACAGGGAAUCCAAUGUCCUUUGCCAAAGAUUUAGAAAACACUUAUGGAAAGAACUUGUUCCUCAACGGACCUACUAAAACAGCUGGAACGACCAAAGGGACAAUGUCUCCUCAGUCAACUAACAUGAUGGGGACAAAAUUGUUAAAAACAAAUAAAUAUCUAGAAGACUUCAAACUGACUCUUAGUGAAGCUUGCAAAACCUACGGCAAAGAUAAAGAGAGAAAAUGUACCAAACCUGAGAAGGCUAAAAUCUUGAAAAGAAUGGUCCAGCUUUACCAAAAGUCAUCAGUGCAGAAUAAAUAGCCAG